GCAACCUGGUGAGCUCUGGCACAUUACAAACAGCAGUCCUGUCAAUGUGUUGCAGACAGCCGAUGAUCGUGGGAGAAUUUUAGGCAGAAAGCCAAUGGUAAACGUUUGCUGUGGAAAGUGGGAUUAGGGUGACCAUGGCGUGCGUACAGCUAAAAUAACACCUGAGAAAGACGCAGCAAAACUGCCUAGGUCAGUUACGUGCAUUUUAUUAAACAUAAAGAAAAUGGCUGAGAAGCGCAACUGAGCGCUUGCCUUGCGCACUUUUUGCCGGCUUGACGGAGACAGGAGUCGGCUUAGUUGCAAGGACUAUCGACUGAGCAGGCUUUAUCUCCAUUGCUGUGGUCUGUUCUCCUCCUUUGUUUGUACAAGACUCGCGGAGCCUUUCCCAAUAUGUCGACUGGCCAGGACGAGAGCUCCGUAAGAGUGGCUUUGAGAAUUCGCCCUCAGCUUGCCAGAGAGAAAAUUGAGGGCUGCCAUAUUUGUACAUUUGUAACUCCUGGAGAACCUCAAGUAAUUUUGGGAAAAGACAAGGCUUUUACAUUUGAUUAUGUGUUUGAUAUUGAUACACAACAAGAUGUCAUCUAUUCAAACUGUACAGAAAAACUUAUUGAAGGUUGUUUUGAAGGAUAUAAUGCCACAAUAUUUGCUUAUGGCCAGACUGGAGCAGGAAAAACAUAUACCAUGGGAACAGGCUUUGAUGUUAAUUUUGAUGAGAGUGAGCAAGGAAUUAUACCCCGUGCUGUUAAACACCUGUUUAAAGGAAUAGACCAGCGAAAGCAGGCUGCUAUCGAGCAAGGAUUACCACCCCCAGAAUUCAAAGUCAAUGCCCAGUUCCUUGAGCUUUAUAAUGAAGAAGUUCUUGAUCUUUUUGACUCGACACGAGACAUUGAAGCAAGGAAGCAAAAAUCUCACUUAAAAAUACAUGAAGAUGCAAAUGGUGGAAUUUAUACUGUUGGGGUUACGACACGAACAGUAAGCUCUGAAGCAGAGAUGAUACAGUGCUUAAAGUUGGGUGCUCUCUCCCGCACUACAGCCAGCACACAAAUGAAUGUCCAGAGCUCUAGAUCUCAUGCCAUCUUCACCAUACACUUGUGUCAAAUGCGAGUGUGUCCAAAUAUAGAUAAUGAUGAUGAGACAGAUAACAGAAUAAUGAAUGGAUCUUCCCAGAUGAACGAGUUUGAAACCCUUACUGCCAAAUUCCAUUUUGUUGACCUAGCUGGUUCAGAGAGACUAAAGAGAACAGGAGCGACAGGGGAACGGGCUAAGGAAGGAAUUUCUAUCAAUUGUGGUCUGUUGGCUCUUGGAAAUGUCAUUAGUGCACUUGGAGACAAAAGCAAGAAGGCAACUCAUGUGCCUUAUAGAGACUCCAAACUUACUAGAUUACUUCAGGAUUCUCUGGGAGGUAACAGCCUAACAGUUAUGAUUGCAUGUAUCAGUCCAUCAGACAGAGAUUUUAUGGAAACACUCAACACAUUAAAAUAUGCCAACCGAGCCCGGAAUAUCAAAAAUAGAGUGAUGGUGAACCAGGACAAAGCAAGCCAACAAAUAAGUGCUCUCCGUACUGAAAUAGCAAGACUGCAAAUGGAACUCAUGGAAUAUAAAACAGGUAAAAGAAUCAUUGGAGAAGAUGGAGUAGAAAGUAUUAAUGACAUGUUUCAUGAGAAUUCCAUGCUUCAGACAGAGAACAAUAAUCUGAGAGUGAGAAUUAAAGCCAUGCAAGAGACUAUUGAUGCACAGAGAGCCCGCCUAACUCAACUUCUUAGUGACCAGGCAAACCAAGUAAUCGCCAAAGCAGGUGAAGGAAAUGAAGAAAUAGGAAACAUGAUAACUAAUUACAUAAAAGAAAUAGAAGACCUCAGAGCAAAAUUAUUUGAAAGUGAAUCUGUGAAUGAAAACCUUCGCAAGAAUCUUUCAAGAGCUUCAUCUAGGUCCUCAUUUUAUGGAGGGCCAACUUCGUAUUCAUCUUCAUUAAUUGCACCGGAAAAAGAAGCUAUAGAAAUAAUUGAAAUGGCUAAAAAAGACCUGGAGAAACUCAAGAAAAUAGAAAAGAAGAAGAAGAAAAGGCUUCAUCAGCUCGAAGAAAGCAGACAAGAAGAAGAAAGUGUUGUUAAAGGGGAAAGCCCAGAUAAUGAGACUGACAAAGGCGAAUUUGCAGAUCAGAUCAGUGAUGAAACUGAAAUGGAGGUACAAGAAGGCAGUGAUCAUGAAGAGGGUGAUGAAGAGGAAGAAGAUGAUGCAGACUUGGAUUUGGAGGAUAGUUCUGAAGACUCUGAUUCUGAACUUGAUGAAAAAGCUAAUUAUCAGGCAGAUCUUGCAAAUAUCACUUGUGAAAUUGCAAUUAAACAGAAGUUGAUUGAUGAAUUAGAAAAUAGUCAGAGAAGACUACAUACCUUAAAACAACAGUAUGAGCAGAAGUUAAUGAUGCUGCAAAGCAAAAUCCGUGACACACAACUGGAAAGGGAUCGUGUUCUGCAGAAUAUGGGUUCAAUGGAGUCGUAUACAGAGGAUAAAGCAAACAAAAUUAAAGCUGAAUAUGAGAAAAAGUUAAGUACUAUGAAUAAGGAGAUGCAGAAGUUACAGGCUGCUCAGAAGGAACAUGCUAGGUUACUGAAAAAUCAAUCGCAAUAUGAAAAACAGUUAAAGAAACUUCAACAGGAAGUUACAGAAAUGAAGAAAACUAAGGUAAAACUGAUGAAACAAAUGCGGGAAGAACAAGAAAAAGCAAGGAUGACAGAGUCCAGGCGUAAUCGUGAAAUAGCUGCACUUAAAAAGGACCAGCGAAAACAAGAGCAUCAGCUUAGACUUUUGGAGGCACAGAAAAGACAGCAAGAGUUAAUUCUUCGCCGGAAAACUGAAGAGGUGACAGCAUUACGUCGUCAGGCAAGACCUAUAUCUGGAAAAGUGAACCGCAAGCUCAGUUUACCAGAGCCUGUUCAGGAAUCUUCACCGAGCACAAUGAGAGUGUCUUCAGGAAGAAUGCAAGGAUCAGGAUCAACAACAGUCACCAAUGGAACCAGGAAAUAUCACCAAAGGAAAUUUGUAAGUGUUUAUUCAUCAAAGGCAGCAAGGCUAAAAUGGCAGUCUCUAGAACGUAGGAUUACAGAUAUCAUCAUGCAGAGAAUGACAAUAGCAAACAUGGAAGCAGAUAUGAACCGUCUUUUGAAGCAACGUGAGGAGUUAACCAAAAGAAAAGAAAAGAUGUCAAAGAAGAGAGAUAAAAUUCUAACAGAUGGCAGUGAAGUGGAUAAGACACUUCUGUCUCUUAAUGAAGAAAUAGAGUCAUUGACUGCAAAUAUAGAUUACAUAAAUGACAGUAUUUCUGACUGCCAGGCUAACAUUAUGCAAAUGGAAGAAGCAAAGGAAGAGGGAGACACUGUUGAUGUAACAGCUGUAAUAAACUCCUGUACUUUGAGUGAAGCUCGGUUUCUCCUGGAUCAUUUUCUUUCAAUGGCAAUAAAUAAGGGCCUACAAGCUGCCCAAAAGGAAUCUCAGAUUAAGGUCAUGGAGGGGCGCCUUAAGCAGAUAGAGAUAAACAGUGCUACUCAAAACCAGCUUCUUUUCCAUAUGCUAAAGGAGAAAGCUGAAUUCAAUCCUGAAUUGGAUGCCUUGCUGGGAAAUGCCUUACAAGACCUAGGUAACAUUGCUGUGGAAAAUGGUGAUGAAAGCAGCAGUGAUGAAUCUGCCCAAAGUCCUGCCACUGAUGGAAGUUCACUAGCAACAGACCUCAUGAAACUUUGCGGUGAAACCAAGUCAAGAAAUAAGGCAAGAAGGAGAACAACCACACAAAUGGAAUUAUUGUAUGCAGACAAUGGCGACCCAUCACCUGAUUCUCCUGGUGGAAUGUUUUUGUCACCUCUAUUGCCUGUGGCUGAAGCACAAGAAAGUGAAAGAGAUUCAGAAAUUAGUUGUAUUUCAGUUAGGGAUAAGGAAGUCCUGCUUUCACCGUCUGGCUUAUCUUCUAAAAUGGGCAGCAUUGCCUCUAAGCCACCAUCAUCAGCAGACAAAAGAGCUCCUGAACCAUCACCUUUAACUAGAAGGAAGGUUUAUGAAAAAGGACAACUAGUUACAGAUAAAGUGAAGAUAAAGGAAUCAAAACAGGGCAUAAUUAAUCCAUUUCCUGCACUGAAAACUGGUCGAAAUACCCCUCUUCAGUGUAUUCACAUUGCUGAAGGCCACUCUAAAGCUGUGCUCUGUGUGGACUCAACAGAUGAUCUGUUGUUCACUGGUUCCAAAGAUCGUACUUGUAAAGUGUGGAACUUGGUUACUGGACAAGAAAUUAUGUCUCUAGGCGGCCAUCCCAAUAAUGUAGUAUCUGUGAAGUACUGUUCCAGUUUGGUCUUUACCGUCUCUACAUCUUAUAUUAAGGUGUGGGAUAUCCGUGACUCUGCAAAAUGUAUACGGACAUUAACUUCAUCAGGACAGGUGACACCAGGUGAUGCAUGUGCAGCCAACACUAAUAGGACAGUAACUAUUCCUACAGGAGAAAACCAAAUAAAUCAGAUUGCACUGAACCCAACAGGUACAUUCCUGUAUGCAGCAGCAGGGAACUCUGUGCGUAUGUGGGAUCUAAAAAGGUUUCUGUCCACAGGAAAAUUAUCUGGUCAUCUUGGACCUGUUAUGUGUCUCACUGUUGAUCAAACUGGAAAUGGACAAGACAUGAUUAUCACUGGGUCAAAAGACCACUAUAUAAAGAUGUUUGAGGUAACGGAAGGAGCACUUGGAACCAUUUGUCCCACAUUUAACUUUGAGCCUCCACACUAUGAUGGGAUUGAAUCUCUUGUCAUUAAUGGGGACAGUUUCUUUAGUGGCUCAAGGGAUAAUGGAAUUAAAAAGUGGGACCUUUCACACAAAGACCUCCUUCAGCAAGUUCCAAAUGCUCACAGGGAUUGGGUGUGUGCUCUGGGGAUUGUGCCAGGAAGUCAGGCCCUUCUCAGUGGUUGCAGAGGCGGAGUCUUGAAGCUGUGGCAUGUGGAUUCUUUUUCAUCUCUGGGAGAAAUGAAGGGCCAUGAAAGUCCUAUAAAUGCGAUUUCCACCAAUUCUUCCCUUGUGUUUACAGCAUCAGAUGAUCGUACAGUAAAAAUCUGGCGUGCCAAAGGCAUUAUUGAUGGACAAACUUCGGACACUCCAGACACAACUGAUGAAGUGAGCAGCAACUGAUAUGAGAAAGAAGAAACUGUGAAAAGAAUGCUGCACUUUAUGCACUUUUCUAAUGAAAUGAUAAUAUUUAAAAAACCUCUGCUAAUAAUGUUUUUUGUUUUGUUUUGUUUUUCUCUCUUGAAUAAUUUAUAUCAGGUUUAAAGUGUAGUGUUUUAGCUGUUCAGUCAAAUGCUAUGCAGAGUUUCCAACUCAUGGUCUAAUAUGGGCUAAUUUUUUAGCAGCUUUUUUGGUGUCCUUAAAACUAAGUAAUCAAAUGUGCUCUUAAACUUGAGAAAAAGAUGAUCCAUUUGACAGCUUUCAGACACUGGAAGAGGACUACUAGAAGCUGUGACUGACUUUACACUGGUCUUAAACACAAAGCAAGAGGUAUAAGUAGUAGUUUUUGGGAACAAAUAAAAUUUGAAGUAAAAUAGCCUUUUAGUGGCUGUGUAGAAGAAUAUGUUGCUCUUAAGCCUGUAAGGUUUGCUUUAAUGUUUGCAAUUUAUAGGUGACCAAAGUUUGUUAGUCUAUUUAAUUCUCAACAGCCUAGCAAUCUGUUACAUUCCAGUGAUUAGCUUGCUGGUGCUUAACAUGUCCACUCUAAGCAGUAUUUGUUGCCUUUCACAGUCUAGAUUAACAUGCGUUUGUCCUUAAAAUGUUCCGCAUUCAGUCUAAAGAUGGCUACUGACAAUGUAAUGUUUAGUAUUUGCCAACACUGGGCCUGCACAUACUGUAUUUUUGAGCUAAUUGGCAUAAUACAGAGUAUUAUAGGUGCAUUUAAUCUUAUUGCUAAAUUUGACAAACAAGAGAGAGCUGACUUUUUAGUAUAUCCAAGCUGUACAUAGUUGUAGGUUUAAAUAAAGGAAAUAUUACACUGUGCCUGUAUGAAUUCUGAAAUGCUGUAGAUUAUAGGCAAUCAAUUUUUUUCUGGCUGCUCAGAAUCAUCUGAUUUUUGGAUUUGAUUUUUUAAAAAAGCUUUAUUGUAUAUAAGAAUUUUUUUCUGAACUUGAUUCAGCUGUGAAUUAAUCCUAACUCUGAUAGAAUGUUGCUUACUUGCGAGGUGAAGCUUAAAAUAAAUUCUCUUCUGUUUAAGA